AUGUUUGAGGAUCCCCCAGAUAAGGGCAUAAGUCCCGAUUCCGGAAUACACUCAGCUGAAAACGAUCCUGGUGACGAGAAUGAUGUGCACUCUGCACAAACUAUAAUUAGUCUGAUCACUAAGCUGUCACCUCCUCUUUCACCGAUCAGGCAAAGACCUAUCGAUAAAAAAGCUGAAAGGGAACGCAGGGAAGCGGAGCUAAGAGAAAGGGAGAGGAGAACAAGGGAACGCGAGGAGGCUGAGAGACAUGAGCGGCUCGAACGAGAGAGGAAAGAGAAGGAGGAGCGCGAGCGGCAGGAAAAAGAGCAAGCCGAACGUGAAGAAAGAAUAAAGCGUGAAAAUGAACGCUUGGAGUAUGAACGAAGGGAAUGGGAAAGGAAGGAAAAAGAACGUGAGGAAAGAGAACGCAAGGAAAAGGAGCGAGAAGAGAAAGAACGAGAAGAGCGGCAGCGACGAGAACGAGAGCGAGAGGAAAAGAUUAAACGAGAACGGGAACUUGAAGAGAAACUAAGGAAGGAGAAAGAGGAGAAGUUGCGGCGCGAAAAAGAACGAGAAAUCAGGAAGCAGAAGGAAAAAGAACGGAACAACAGUGAAAAGAAGUCUAAGGAAUUGACUGAUCGAAAAGACAGAAGUCUGGAGCGAAAAGAACGUACCAAGCCUGUAGAUUUGGAAAAGUCAGAAGCGUCUUCAACCGAACGAAAGCGAGAUGAAAGUAAACUUCGAAUAGCUGCGAAAAAAUGGGAAAUGAACUGGGUGGUUUACUCAGGACUUGAUUAA